AUGGCACGCAAGAAGGUGAAUCUCCAGUGGAUCUCCAACAAUGCUACUCGACGUGCAACAUACAAGAGAUGCUACAAGUCUCUUGCAAAAAAGGCUAGUGAGCUCACCACACUCUGUGGCACUAACAUGUGUGUGGUGGUGUAUGGUGAUGGCAAGGCUCAGCCGGAGGUGUGGCCCUCCGAUGAAGAGGCCAAGAAACUCCUCAAGAAAUUUAAGGACAUGCCAAAUCUUGGCAGCUUGAAGAAGACACAGAGCCAGGCGGAGUUCCUCCAAAGUCGCACGUUCAAGCUCCAUGAGCAGACAAGCAAGUUGGAUCAAGAGAAUCGUGAGCGUGAGACCUUGGGCCUCUUGCAUGACCGCUUGGAUGGACGUCGUCCAGGCCUCGUUGGCACCAGCAAGGAUGAGCUCAUUAGCCUUGGGGAGAUUGUGGAGAUCAAGAUGACCAAAGCUAAAGCACGGAUCCAACAGCUUGUCGGUAGGCAGGGAUCCCUCCCAGAUCCAUUCCAGGUGAUGCCACCAGUUUCAUCCUCAUUGCAGACACAAGCUUCUUCCUACACCUACAACAAGAUGCAAAUCACGGCGCCACUAGAGGAACACCUGCAGCAGCAGGACUGGCCGCUUGCAAGCCAGCUGGCACCAAACUAUGGGGAGCUCGGCUCUGCGCUCUAUGAUGGCUUUGUAGGCAGCAGCAGGGACCCCAGUGGAAGUGGGUGCCCAAUGAUGCAGCCUUACAAUCUGGGUUUUUCCUCAGGACUCCCAAGGCCAUAGUAGUACAUGGAACUCAAUUUUUCAAUUGUGCAAGGCCAGCUCUUAUAUGUUUUUGGUUGCAUUUCAUCUGUUACUCUUAGGGGUCUUGUCUUAGGAUCACCCCAUCCCAUGUCUUGCUUCAUGGCAGAAUAGUUUGAGUUAGCCUUCAUGUUUUUCAUGUCUAGCAAUAUGUAUGCAUGCAUCCCUGUAUCCCUUUCAGUUGUUUUGAUAAAUGAUAUUAUUACUGGUGGUUCUAUUU